AUGGCUGGCGCUAUAGGGCGCGCAAGCGCGGGAACGCGCGCGCGCGUAUACAUCGUGAAGCGCGAGAAUGGUGCGCGCAUGAGUGAUGCUGCGAUCUCUACACCGGCCUCUGGUGAUUCUGAGCACCAUGCUAGUUAUGGAUCCGAACGCGAACGCUGGGCCAAGAUCUCGGCUAGGCUCCCACUUCCUGUGCCACCAGCACAGACCAUAUCUCUGGAGAUUUCAGCUGUGCACGAGGGUGGCACCCGACGGAAGGGUAGUCGUGGCAUCACUAUUGGGAAUAUUUGCGAGGGUAUGAAAGAUAUUGAUGCUCGUAUUGAUGCACCCAGACUUAUAGCCAUCGCUCUCAAUACCAUGCUGCCAAAGAUUGUGGCCUUUUGCUCCGGGUUUAACUGGCGCGAUGACGAGUUUGUUGUCCAGGAUGCAAAAUGGGUAGAUCUCUCAAAGCACCCAGCUGGAGAACCAUAUUUUCUCUCGCAGUGCUUGCAAGCAGGUCGCAAAGACUCAAAGGGUGGUAGCAUUCGCGUAGUCCAAAGUACUGUGGUCGACGAAGACUGGGCGGAACAGCUUGCAGAGGAUGGUGAUAGCACCCAUAUAGUUCAAAGUGCUGUGGUUGACGAAGACUUAGCGGAGGAACUUAUAGAGGAUGUGGGCAGUGGCAGCCACAUAAUGCAAAGCACUGCGGUCAAGGAUACAGCUCGGGCCAAAUCUGUGCUGGCAACUGAGACUUGCAUGGCAGUACCAGCCGCAUCUAAGCACAUUCAUGUGCGAACGGAGAGUGGCAGUAGAGCUUUACCUCUGUCUCCUCCACGCAAGAAGAUUGCACCCAUGGAUGUUACGUUCUGCUCACCUGACCGUGAUAACCUGAAAGCGGCCCUCAGAUCCGGAGGCACAGCAAAUGUGAAUGUAAAGAAAGUAUUCGAAAAACAGAACGAGACGAUCCAUUUCUACCCUAUUCCUAAACGUCUAUUAAUGGAGAUCUUACAAAAUGAAGAUUACCGCUCAUUCACACUUGAUGCCGCAGAAUCCUGGGUUGGCCAAUUGACAGUCAAUAUAUCCCAGGACAACAUGAUUGGGAUGGGCGGGUUCAAGACGGCCCACCCAGGAUGGCUCACACUCACUCCCCCUCCCAUUUCUGGGUUUGGCUCUGUUUCCCACCACGAAAUUGUAGUCAAACGGCCCUUUCACCAAGUAUACCCGCAUGGUGUAUCACAGGGACCUUUCAAGAUCGGUAGGUUUCCUGUGGCAGACGAAUUUCCGAAGCUCUUUAAAGAAGCAAAUGUGCUGUACUGGGCGAGUUCUCUUUUACAACUCACCUAUGAUUUCAUUGAUCAUUGCCUCGCUUCGUCUUGUCCUCCACCAUCUCCCAUUCCCCGAGUACGCUUUGUUGAGGCCGGCCUUACUUUAGCGUUUGUCCAAGGCCCAACAGCGGCUUCCAAGCCAGGUUCAAGGACAUGCCCUAUUCGUGCAUGCUAUCUCCUGGAAGAACUCAUUGAUGGCGGCGACGAUGCAUUUCUCAAGUUUAUUCACAAUACGGAUGCUAAUCCUUUGCUCGAUGAACUUGAUGAUGGCUAUGAUUUAGCAGUAUUCUUCUCGUUCACUCAACAUGUUCAAUAUGUGAAGACUGGUGGUUUAGCAUUUAUCUCUGACUACCAAGUUAGCGGAGGGCAGGAUAUUUUCGGUGACAGCAACAUAGAAGUCGCAGUGACAAUGUUCGAGGAGCAGCAUAUCUGCAAUGACUAUUGCGAAUGGGCUGGUUUGGAGAAGUAUAUCAGUCUAGACGAAGCAGUCGAAACUCAGGACUCUUAG